UUGUGUGUGUGUGUUUUUUUUUUUUUUUUAAAGCCAACCCUCCGCUCAAACGAAGAGUCUCUGGAAGACGGGCUCGGUUUCUCUCUCCUUCAGCCAUUCCGUCUAUCUUGUUCCCACUCCCCUCUUCCCGCCUUCCUCACUCCUCCUUUUUCUUUGGUUUCCCAUUCUCGCCUGUUGCUUCCUCUCUUCUCUCCCCCCCCUGAACGAACUUGAGUCGACAUUCAAAGUGCUCGGUGAUGAACUGCUGAACACGACGCUACCAAGUGAGGAGAACAACAUCGUCAAGCGAGCAAUAAAGUUUGGAGGCAGAGGAGCGAGCCUCCAUAAACAGCAUAAACCAGCAGAGUGCCAAGUGGUUUAAAAGCUGCCUGACAUGGGGAAGCAGAACAGCAAGCUGCGUCCCGAGGUGAUGCAGGACCUCCUGGAGAGCACGGACUUCACCGAGCACGAGAUUCAAGAGUGGUACAAAGGCUUCCUGCGGGAUUGCCCCAGCGGGAACCUGUCCAUGGAGGAGUUUAAAAAGAUCUACGGAAAUUUUUUUCCUUAUGGAGAUGCUUCAAAGUUUGCAGAGCACGUUUUUCGCACGUUCGAUGCAAACGGUGAUGGCACAAUAGACUUUCGGGAGUUCAUCAUUGCUCUGAGUGUGACGUCACGUGGCAAACUGGAGCAGAAGCUAAAAUGGGCCUUCAGUAUGUAUGACCUGGAUGGGAAUGGCUACAUCAGUAAAAAUGAGAUGCUGGAGAUUGUACAGGCUAUUUAUAAGAUGGUGUCGUCUGUGAUGAAGAUGCCGGAGGAUGAGUCAACCCCCGAGAAAAGGACAGAGAAGAUCUUCAGGCAAAUGGACACCAACAGAGAUGGUAAGCUGUCGCUGGAGGAGUUCAUCAAGGGAGCAAAGAGUGACCCCUCCAUUGUACGCCUGUUACAGUGUGACCCCAGCAGUGCUGGACAGUUUUGAAGAUGAGGCAUCAGCUUGUAAGCUUUCAGUUCCUGCCACAAUGUGUUCUUCGGUGCCUCUAUGGCUGAUCCAUAAUGCUCUUCACCUUACACUCUGGGGACGUCUGAUGAUGAAAAACGACAAGUACACGACGAAGAAGAUGAGAGACCUCCAGUUUAUGUUGAAGACUUCAAAGACGUGCACACUUUCCAGCUCUUGAGCAGUUUGUCUAAUUCCCCGCAGGCUCCCAAAAGCUGGGCCUUCUUGCGGUUUUCGAAAAGCUCACCGAUGGCUAAAAGAGGCUCCAUUACCACUAAUGUGCAUAGUAGACAGCAGUGCACCAUAAUGAAGGAAAAAGAGACAUCAUUGUGUUUCACAAAAGGACUUCCUUAGGUAAGAGAUUUUAAUCUGCAGAGCGGACGUCUAAUUUCCGUUUUUAUACUGUGAGAAUGUUUAAUGUGUAUUCCGCAAAUUGUGUAGAUUUUUAUUUCAUUACGACAAAAAAAAAGAAUGAAAUGCGACUUUUUGCAGCUUUGCAUGUUCUCACGAAUGUAACAAUGAAGGAUGAAACACGUCUGUGAUUUUGCAUGUUUUUUUUUUUUUGACGUCUUUUAACAGGAGGAGCAGCAGAACAUUCUGGUCCUUAAAGGCCUACUGAAAUGAGAUGUUCUUAUUUAAACGGAGACAGCAGGUCCAUUUUAUGUGUCAUACUUGAUCAUUUCGCGAUAUUGCCAUAUUUUUGCUGAAAUGAUUCAGUAGAGAACAUCGAUGAUAAAGUUCGCAACUUUUGGUCGCUAAUAAAAAAGCCUUGCCUGUCCCGGAAGUAGCAGACGAUGUGCGCGUGACAUCACGGGUUGUAGGAGCUCCUCACAUCCUCACAUUGUUUAUAAUCAUAGCCACCAGCAGCUAGAGCGAUUCGGACCGAGAAAGCAACGAUUUCUCCAUUAAUUUGAGCGAGGAUGAAAGAUUUGUGGAUGAGGAUAGUGAGACUGAAAGACUAGAACAAGGGUCGGGAACCUUUUUUGCUGAGAGAGCCAUGAAAGGCAAAUAUUUAAAAAUGUAUUUUCGUCACAGCCAUAUAAUAUUUUUUUAACACUGAAUACAACUAAAUGCGUGCAUUUUUAAGUAAUUAUAGGUAUAAUAAGUAUUUUAUUCUUUUUAAUAACAUUGUUAUUCUAAAGUUAAUCAAUAAUAAAUAUCAUACUUACCAUUAAUGCGACAUCUUGGACAGGUGCAAUAGAAAACGGAUGGUUGGAUUAAAAUGCAUGAGAAUGUUUUAUAAUUUUAACUUUAUUUUUGACACUGUGAUUACCAGCGGAAUUAUUAAUUACUUAUCGUGUUAAGCAAUGUCAGCUAAGAUUUAUCUGAGAGCCAGAUGCAGUCAUCAAAAGAGCCGCAUCUGGCUCUAGAGCCAUAGGUUCCCUACUCCUGGACUAGAAGAAAGAAAAGAAAAAAGGCGAGAGCAGUGGGAGCGAUUCAGAUGUUAUUAGACACAUUUACUAGAAUGAUUCUGGAAAAUCCCUUAUCUGCUUAUUGUGUUACUAGUGUUUUAGUGAGAUUAUAAAGUCAUACCUGAAAGUCGGAGGGGUGUGGUGACCGCCAGUGUCUCUGAUGGAAGCCAUGGAGGAGCCAAGAAAGUCACAGCUGCCUCUUUGACAGUUGCAGGAGGACGCAAGCUCCGCUCAUGUCUCCGGUAAGAGCCGACUUAUUACCACAAUUUUCUCACCGAAACCUGCCGGUUGACAUGUGGUAGAGAAACAUGUUCGCUUGACCGCUCUGAUUCAUAUUAAAGCAGGGGUAGGGAACCAGAUGUGGCUCUUUUGAUGACUGCAUCUGGCUCUCGGAUAAAUCUGAGCUGACAUUGCUUAACACGAUAAGUAAUGAAUAAUUCCACUUGUAAUCAAAAUGUUAAAAAUAACGUUCAAAAUAUUAAACACGCUCAUGCAUUUGAAUCCAUCCAUCCCUUUUUCUAUUGCAUUUGUUCAAGAAAUUGCAUGAUUUAAUUAUUAUUGUUUUUUUAGGGGGUUCUUCAGACCACCAAGCACCGACAUGAAAGCCUUUUUCAGGGUUACGAUAUUUUUUUUAUUUUUCAAUAAGUCUUUCAGUUGCUUUCCAGCAAUUGUCUUUUUCUCUUUUGUUCUCGCUCGCGCUCUGGCUCCAGCUCUAACCCUGCUGCUUAUAACAGAGCGACAGGUGAUAAGAUAACAAGGCCCAAGUGGGCCAUGUACGCACCUAUCGCUGAUUUCGAGACCGGUCCUGGCACACCCGCUUUGCUGCAGGCCCGCAGGCCACGCCCUCUCCACAGUUAGCUUCAGAAUAUCAACGUUAUUACAAAGAAUACGAGACCUAUUAUACUCUAGUAAUGUUGGUCUUACUUAAAAAUGCACGCGUUUAAUUGUGUUCAGUGUUGGAAAAAAAAAUGAUAUGGCUCUUACGGAAAUACAUUUUAAAAUAUUUGGAUUCUUGGCUCUCUCAGCCAAAAAGGUGCCCGACACCUGUAUUAAAGCUUCACAACAAACAAAGAAACACCGGCUGUGUUUUGGUUGCUAAAGACAGCUGCAAUCCACCGCUUUCCACCAACAGCGUUCUUCUUUGACGUCUCCAUUAUUAAUUGAACAAAUUGCAAAAGAUUCAGCAACACAGAUGUCCAGAAUACUGUGUAAUUAUGCGAUUUAAACGGACGACUUUUAGCCGUGAGUGGUGCUGGGAUAAAAUGUCCGCUCCAACCAAUAACGUCACGAACACGCGUCAACAUAAGCGUCAUCAUUUUUUUCAACAGGAAACUUUGCGGGAAAUUAAAAAUUGCAAUUUACUAAACUAAAGCGGCCAUAUUGGCAUGUGUUGCAAUGUUAAUAUUUCAUCAUUGAUGUAUAAACGUUCGGACUGCGUGGUCGCUAGUAGUGGCUUUCAGUAGGACUUUUAAGUUUUUGAUGACAGUGUCGAUGCUUUAAAAAAAAAAAAGUGCACGCCUCAAUUUGUAAUGCAGAUCCAACCUCGUGUGUUUUUAUGAUAUUUAUGCUGCUGCAGGAUUUCAAACGUAAAAGUCGGUUUCUUUCUACUCCUUAAAAAAGAAAAACAUUUUACUUACACUUUUAGAUGUUUUUAAAUGGGAAACAGGAUCAGUUUACGACUAAUAACACUUGCUUAUGCGCUUGUGUUUGGCAAAUGUUGUGUUGCUUCUGUUCCCAUCUUGUGAGGCUCAGCACUACCCGUCAGUAUUAUUGACAAGACUGAAAAAUGUAUCUUUUUUUUGGUGGAACACAAAACGGCAUUGUUGUGCACAACAAAAGCAGUAUUGCAUAAAUGUAUACAUUGUGACGUGUUGAAUGAAAUGUUAAUAAUUGCAUUUUUUUGUAGGUUUUUGUAUGGCAUAUCCUGUGUUAAAUAGUAAAUAGACUCCUCUUUAGAAGGCAAGAAUUUCAUUUCCAAUUAAAUGUUGUGGUUUUGCUUACUGCCUGAA